UAUCCUCCAAACAGAACCUAAAAAAGUCAGUCAGCUGAUCUCUUACACAGAGAGAAAGAAAUAUUUGAAACCCUAGCUAAAAAACCCUAUUUUUUUCGAGAAAAGGGAAAAAGCUUCAAUGGCAUCGAAGUUUGGGUUAGCUGGAGGGAUACCGGAACGGCGAGUGAGACCGAUUUGGGAUGCAAUCGAUUCUCGUCAGUUCAAGAAUGCGCUUAAACACUCCACCGCACUCCUCGCUAAAUGCCCUAAUUCACCUUACGCACUCGCGCUAAAAUCACUCAUCUUGGAAAGGAUGGGUAAAUCUGAUGAGGCAUUAUCAGUUUGCUUAAAUGCGAAGGAGCUUUUAUACAAGAAUGAUUCCUUGUUAAUGGAUGAUCUAACUCUCAGUACAUUGCAGAUUGUUUUUCAACGGCUUGAUCGCUUGGAUUUGGCUACUGGAUGCUAUGAGUAUGCUUGCAGUAAAUUUCCAAGCAAUCUGGAACUAAUGAUGGGACUUUUCAAUUGUUAUGUUCGUGAGUAUUCAUUUGUGAAGCAGCAGCAGACAGCCAUCAAAAUGUACAAGCUUGUUGGUGAAGAGAGGUUUUUGCUCUGGGCAGUUUGUAGCAUCCAAUUACAGGUAUUUUGUGGCAAUGGAGGAGAGAAACUAGCAAUGCUAGCUGAAGGGUUACUUAAGAAGCAUGUAGCUUCCCACAGCUUGCAUGAGCCUGAAGCUCUUAUGGUCUAUAUUUCCAUAUUAGAACAACAAGAAAAGUAUGGUGAUGCAUUGGAAAUUCUCUCAGGGCAAUUGGGAUCACUAUUAGUGAUUGAAGUUGAUAAGCUACGUAUACAGGGGAGGCUUCUUGCUCGGUCAGGUGACUAUGCUACAAGUGCCAGCAUAUAUCAGAAGAUUUUAGAACUAUGCCCUGAUGAUUGGGAGUGUUUCCUACAUUAUCUAGGCUGUUUGCUGGAGGAUGGCAGCAGCUGGAGCAAUGGAGCCAACAAUGAUCCAAUUAAUCCCCCAAAACCCGUGGAUUGCAAAGUCUCUCAAUUGGCAGAUGAAGUGUUUCAUUCUCGAAUAUCGACUUCAUUAGCUUUUGUGAAAAAAUUACAAGCAGACACCAGAAAUGAUUUUAUUAGGUGUCCAUACCUGGCAACUCUUGAAAUUGAGAGGAGGAAGCGAUUACAUGGAAAGGGCAAUGAUGAUGAUAUUGUGGAGGCUCUAAUGCUAUAUUUCCUCAAGUUUGGUCACUUAGCAAGCUUCAGUUCUGAUGUUGAGGCAUUUCUGCAAGUCUUAACUCCAGAUAAAAAGACGGAGUUUCUUGCGAAGUUGAUAAAAACUUUGGACUCCUCUGCUACUGCACCAACUAAAGUGCUUGGACAGUCAAUCACGAUUUUCAAAAUUCAGGAGUUGACUGGGAAUAUGUAUAAGCUCCCUGUGCUUGAACUUGAAGGCUGUGCCAUACAAAUGGUGGAGAUGUAUUGUAAAAGUCUUCCACUUUCAAAGGAUUUGGAUCCACAAGAGAGCAUGCAUGGUGAAGAGCUGCUAUCUAUGGUUUGCAAUGUGUUGGUUCAGCUAUUCUGGCGUACAAGACAUCUUGGCUACUUCAUAGAGGCAAUUAUGGUUUUGGAGUUUGGCCUGACUAUUCGAAGAUAUAUAUGGCAGUACAAGAUCUUGUUGCUGCACUUGUAUUCACACUUGGGUGCAAUUUCAUUAGCUUAUGAGUGGUAUAGAUCUUUGGACGUGAAGAAUAUUCUGAUGGAAACUGUUUCUCAUCACAUCUUGCCGCAGAUGUUGGUAUCUCCUCUUUGGGGGGAUUUAAAUAAUCUGCUGAAAGAUUAUCUCAGGUUUAUGGAUGACCACUUCAGGGAAUCUGCAGAUCUGACAUUCCUUGCUUAUCGCCACAGAAACUAUUCUAAAGUAAUAGAGUUUGUUCAAUUCAAGGAGCGAUUGCAACGAUCUAAUCAGUAUUUAGUUGCAAGGGUUGAGACACCCAUUCUACAGCUAAAACAGAAGGCAGAUAACAUUGAAGAAGAAGAGGGUGUUCUUGAAAACUUGAAUGGCGGGGUUCACUUUGUUGAGCUCUCCAAUGAGAUUGGAUCCAAAACCUUAACAUUCAAUGAAGAUUUCCAAUCACGACCUUGGUGGACACCAACUACAGAGAAAAAUUAUCUUUUAGGUCCAUUUGAAGGAGUAUCAUAUUGUCCCAAGGAAAACUUGAUAAAGGAAAGGGAAGAAAAUGUGCGGGGAGUUAUUGAAAAGAAAUCCCUUCUCCCUCGGAUGAUUUAUUUGUCUAUUCACAGUGCUUCAGCAUCACUUAAGGAGAGUGUUGAAGAAAAUGGGUCCAUAUCUGGGUCAAAAAUCUCCUCAGAGUUUAAGUUUUUGCUUGAGCGCCAUGCAAAGAUGUUAGGCUUCUCUUUAAGUGAUGCAGUUGAAGUGGUUAUGGGUGUUUCCAGUGGUGUAAAAUCCUUUGAGGCUUUUGGUUCAGACGAGAUCGACUGGAUAAACUUUGCUGUCUUUUUGAAUGCUUGGAAUUUGAAUUCCCAUGAGCCCUUACAGCCUAACGGAGAUCAGUGUGGCCGUGGUAUUUGGUAUGUAGUGGAUACUUUGCUGGUGAAAUAUAUUUCAGAGAAGAUCAAAUCCAUGGAGUCUCUUAUUUGCUCGCCAAGGGUUGAUCUUCCAAUUUUAGUGCAAUUGGUUACAGAGCCAUUGGCCUGGCAUGGUCUUGUGAUUCAAUCUUGUGUUCGAUCAUCUCUUCCAUCUGGAAAGAAAAAGAAGAAAGGUGGGCCUGUGGACCAGCAUUCAUCUCUGGUGUUUAAUGACAUUAGGGAUUCAAUCCAGUCUUUAUGUGAUACAGUUAAAGAGGUUGCAAAAUGGAUCAGAGGUCAGAUUGACAGACCAGAGGAUGAGAGUGUGGAAAUUAUGCUUUCCUCUCUUAGGAAAAAGGAACAAGAUGAAGGGCCUGGGCGUGUUUUCCAUGUUCUGGAAUGUUUAAUUCCAUCAAUAAAUGAGGCUGAACUUGGUGAUCGGAUCUCACAAGAAUUGAAGACAUGGAGUCCCCUUGAUGUUGCAAGGAAGAUAGUGACGGGGGACUCUACAUUAUUGUCCCAAUUUCUUAAUAUUUGCGAGUCAAAAAUCAAGUCAUUUCAGGCAUUGAAUCAGCAGAUAGCUCAAAUAUAAAGUGUGUUUUGCUUAAUGCGUUUCCCCUGAUCAGCAGGCAUUUUGCUUCAGCUUUGGGAGCUGCAUCUGAUCUGGAAUUACUGCGCUACUUGUCAGCAACAGAGAGUUGAAUGGAUUGUUCAAGCUCUGCACUGAUACUCUCUUUGGACUCGUAGUUUACCAUGAGAUUUCCCUGCCAGAUUUUUGUCAGCCUCCAUCGUGGCCAGCCAGUUCUGUUUGAGCGGUUUUGGAAAUGUUGUGCCAGGUUUUCACAAUUUAUUUGGAUAUUCUUUCAAUUUUUACACAGAACAGGUUUGUGUCUUUGUUCUCUUGAUGUAUUCUUUUCUGCAGUGUAUCUUUUGUUAUUUUUUGCUUAAUGUUGCGUGCACAUCGGGGAACCUGAAAAGUCCUGUCUGGAAGUCAAAAUUUGAUGUAUUCUACUCUAAUUUGACUCCAUUUGUUUUUGCAUUUUAAAAGCUUUUUU